AUGAUAUAUCCUCAGAGUUCAGGUAGCGUGCUCUCACAACCUCCGCCUUUGGUCACCCCAUAUGUGCUGACAUGGUACAUCGACCUCACUAGCGACGAGGUCGAGUCGACGGCCUCCUUGACCAACAGCAUCCGAGAUUUUCGCAAUAUGAACGGCCGCACCUAUGGAAAUUCCAAGACUACAGACUACUGGGCCCCCAACGACGAGCAGCAAAAUGAAGGUUUAGACAUCACGCACCACUACAUGCUUCUCUACUUCGAUAAUAAACUCUUUCAAGCGCCCAUCGGCGACCAUCCAAUGAGAGUGCUGGAUGUGGGAACUGGUACCGGGAUAUGGGCAAUUGACUUUGCUGACCAGUUCCCGGCCGCACAAGUCGUCGGCACCGACAUCUCCCCUAUUCAGCCAGCAUGGGUGCCUCCCAACUGUGAGUUCGUCAUGGAUGACGCCCAGCUCGAGUGGACCUGGCCAGCCGACCACUUCGACUACAUCCACAUCCGCGAUCUCUACGGCAGCAUAGGCGACUGGUCUGCUCUUUACAGCAGAGCCUACCGCUACCUUAAGCCCAGCGGCUGGUUCGAGGACGUUGAGCUGGACAUACGCGCGCACUCCGAUGUCAUCAAUGACCCCGAGCACGUCUUUCACCGUUGGAACCGCGUCUUCCAAGAGGCCGGCGAGAAGGUGGGUAAGACAUUCAAGAUCGCCACUGGAUCCCGAAUGCGAGAUCUCAUGGACGAGGUGGGCUUCGUCGAGGUCACCGAGAGAAAAUUUCGGCUUCCCAUAGGCGCCUGGUGCCUCGAUCCUAAGUUGAAAGAGAUCGGACAGUUUGUGCAAAUGUUUGUAGAGGGCGGCAUAGAGGGGUUUGGGCUAUACCUCUUGACACAGGUUAUGGGAUGGAAAUAUGAAGAGUGCCAGGUCCUCAUUGCGCAGAUGAGGAAGGCUCUGAGGAACAAGAAGCUAAACGCUUACUAUGAGGUAACCUUGGUGUAUGGACGGAAACCCGAGGACUCAACUGCUGUUUGA